CGGGCCCCCCGCGAUCAGACAUCUUAUCCCCCAUCCUUUGGAUAGGGUAUAAAAUGUUUUUGCCCGGAAUACCCCUUUAAGUAAUGAAUAAUGAUAUAUUGGUGCAUUGUAUGACGGUAUUAUUUAGGCAAUAAAUAAUGACAUUAUCGUGGCGGUAUUAUUUGGGCACGAUAUACUGAUACCAUCCUGAUAUUAUUUAAGUAAUGAAUAAUUAUAUAUUGGUGCAUUGUAUGACGGUAUUAUUUAGGCAAUAAAUAAUGACAUUAUCGUGGAGGUAUUAUUUGGGCACAAUAUACUGAUACUAUCCUGAUAUUAUUUAAGUAAUGAAUAAUGAUAUAUUGGUGCAUUGUAUGACGGUAUUAUUUAGGCAAUAAAUAAUGACAUUAUCGUGGCGGUAUUAUUUGGGCCCAAUAUACUGAUACCAUCCUGAUAUUAUUUAGACACCCUAUUGUUUGGGCACUAUAUGGCACUAUUAUUUCUUCUUGAGGGAACCCUGGGAUCAUUUUGCUCUUAUCCUGCAUCGACUUUGAUGCUGGAUGUAAGAAAUAUCCACAUGACCGGCAGUAGAAAUCAGUAGCCUUAAGGUGCAAGUGAGAAGAAUGAAGACAAGUCACCUCUACGGGGCUGCACUUCUUGUCAUAGACAACAUUAGCACAUCCAUAGCCCUCCGAAGUCUUCUUGUUAACCCCCAUCCCCCCCCCCUCUUACAAAGGUAAAUAUAAAACCAGCCCGGUGCAGCUCCAGGUAGAAUUGUCUGUGAUUUUGCAGCUGUUUAGUGCAGUGACAAUGGCCGUAUCUAGCCUGCAGUACACCAUGGGAAUCUCCAGUGGCUUCAAGGUCUACAUCCUAGAAGGACAGCACAGCGCACGCAAUGUGGACCGCUACCGACCAUUGACCAACCACGGGAUCAACCAUGGGAUCCCCAUAUACCCCAUCAAACGCAAACUGAGUCCAGAUCCACCACAACCUCACAAGAGACUUUGUUCUUCCAGCCAACAGAACAGGAACAAGUCCUCCCAUUCACCUAUGAACAUGAAGUGUGCAACAAGACAAACUCCGACAUCAGAGCCCCCCAGUCCCAAAGUAUUUCCUUCUCAUGUGGACCUCCAAAAUGUUCUGAAGAGGUUAAUGCCUGAACGGCGGCUCCUGGAAAGGAAAGAAACCCGGCAAACAGAAGAAGAACAACCUCUAGCAUUGGUCAAAAGGUUGGAAAAGCCAAGUGAACAGCCAAUGGUGUCCUCCGCCAUGCUUCAACAGAUGAGACCAUCAGUCAUCACUUGCAUAUCCAGACCUAAAGCAAGUCCACCUCCGACUACGGACAACAAGACCUCAACAAGUCCUCUCUGGAACUCACAAACUCAACGAUCCCCCAGAACCUGCUCCCCAGACGUAGAAGAACAUUUCCAAAGAAGCCUCAAAUCCUGCACCUCGCAUCCAAGCGCCCGCUCCCCUCCUUCCCCCUACAGUUCGGUAGAGGACCACUUCUCCAAAGCCCUGGGCUCCAGAUGGCUCUUAAUCCGAGCUGCAGCAGACUCCCCUUCGUCUCAAGAGAACCCAACCAGGCGCUAGCGCCGCCCACUGGACCUUUUUUUCAUCGGAACCCUCAACACUUAGGUUCUGAGACCACUGGUCGGAACCCUCAACACUUAGGUUCUGAGACCACUGGACUGGAGAUGACAGACUCUGUUUCUACUUUUGUAAUAUAUAUUUAUUUGAUAUUUUAUCGGUCGAAAUGGAAUUCUGAAGAAUUUUGGGGGUGAAGGCUAU